GGGAGGAAAAUGGGGCUGAGAUGCCAGGAAUGGGAGCAGGGCUUCAAGAAAUAAUGGGGAUGAGCCCCCCCCAAAGUAAGGCAGAACCUCUGGAAAUAGGGCAGAAAAUGGGGCUGAGCCCCCCCCCCCCAAAAUAGAGCAGAGCCUCAGGAAAUAGAGAGGAAAAUGGGGCUGAGCCCCCCAGAAAGAAAGCAGAACCCCAAGCAAUGGGAGCAGAGCCCCAAGAAAUAAAGCAGAACCUCAAGAAAUGAGGUGGAAAGUGAGUCUGAGCCCAUAAUACUAGAGGAGAAAAUGGGUUUCGGCCCCCAAAACAGAAAGCAGAUCCUCAAGCAAUGGGUCUGAGCCCCCCCCCAGAAUAAAUCAGAGCCUCGGGAAGUGGAGCAGAAAAUGGGUCUGAGCCCCCAGAAAUAAAGGAGAACCUCAAGCAAUAGAGCAGAAAAUGGGUCUGAGCCCCCCAAAAUAAAGCAGAACCUCGACAAAUGGGUCUGAGCCCCCCCAAAAGCAAAACAGAACCUUGAGAAAUGGGUCUGAGCCCCCCAAAAGCAAAGCAGAUCCUCAAGCAACAGGUCUGAGCCCCCCAAAAUGAAGCUGAACCUCAAGCUAUGGGUCUGAGCCCCUAAAAACAAAGCAGAGUCUUAGGAAAUAAAGGUGGUAAUGGGUCUGAGCCCCCCCCAGAAAGAAAGCAGAACCUCAAGCAACAGGUCUGAGCCCCCCAAAACAAAGCAGAACCUCAGUGGGUCUGAGCCCCCCAAAACAAAGCAGAACCUCAAGCAAUGCGUCUGAGCCCCCCAAAAUGAAGCUGAACCUUAAGCUAUGGGUCUGAGCCCCCCCAAAACAAAGCAGAACCUUAAGCUAUGGGUCUGAGCCCCCCCAAAAAGAAAGCAGAACCUCAAGCAACAGGUCUGAGCCCCCCAAAACAAAGCAGAUCCUCAGGCAACAGGUCUGAGCCCCCCAGAACAAAGCAGAAACUCAAGCUGUGGGUCUGAGCCCCCCAGAACAAAGCAGAACCUCAAGCUAUGGGUCUGAGCCCCCCCAAAACGAAGCCACUCUGGGUCUGAGCGCCCUGUCCCCCCCUUCCCCCCCCCCGCAGACGCUGUCCCACGAGCCCAAGGUGCUGCAGGAGGGGCUGCUGCAGCUGGACGCCGUGCUGUCGGCGCUGGAAGCCCUGCACCGCCCCAUCGAGGCUCCGGGGGGGUCGGUGCUGCUGCGGGAGCUGGCGGGGGCCGGCAGCGUCCCCGAUGCCACCCUGUCCGCCCAGGCCACCCCGCUGCUGCACGCCCUGACGGCCGCGCACGCCUACAUCAUGAUGUUCGUGCACACGUGUCGCGUGGGGCAGAGCGAGAUCCGGGCCAUCUCGGUGAACCAGUGGGGCUCGCAGCUGGGGCUGAGCGUGCUGGGGAAGCUGAGCCAGCUGUACUGCUCGCUGGUGUGGGAGAGCACCGUGCUGCUCAGCCUCUGCACCCCCAACAG